GCCCUGGCUGCUAUGCUGGGAAGAGUACAGCGGGCGAGCACCAUCACUAGUACCAGCUCAGUGCAACACUGUACCGCUUUGCGUGAUGCAUAAUUGCGCAGCUUAGCUUAGCUGCGGUGCAUCUGCAUCCUAGGUACUACUACUCCAGUAAUCAACUGAUUCGUGCGCGUACCCGCCCGGACACCCUGUUGCUGUCCCCGGAUCGAUCGCCUUUAUCCUUCCUCCCGUCCUUUGCCAACACAGCCACACACACACGCACAGAGCCCACGUUCCCUUCUCCUCUUUUAAGCGCCCGCACUUUUCCCUCCCCUUUCCACCCCCCUCCUCGAGCCCGAGCCUUCUCGUUGCGUUGCGUGAUCAUGAUCUGAUCGGAGCCUCAGCUGCCGGCGAACGGGCGAUGGCGGGCGGUGCUAGGUGCAGCUCGCUGCUGCGCGGGUUCCUGUCGCUCUUCUUUGUCAUGUUCCUCCACAUUGGCCACGCCGGCUGCUGCUUCUCGCCGGGCUCUGCCUCGCAGCAGCACGAGGAAGACGACGCCGGCGCUGCCAGCAGCAGCAGCAGCAAGAGGAGGAAGAUAUCGCCGCUCGCCUUCUCCCCGGCCGUGUCGUCCUCUACCGGUGUUGAAGAGAGGGCCGGCGCCAGGCGCAGGGCCAGGCACGUCUCGUCUCUCGCCACCAGUCUCCGGUGCUACAUACACCGCAUCUUCUCCUCCGCCGGGCACAAGAAUUCUGUUCCAGGCGGAGAGGAGCAGGAGGAGGCCGUCACGACCACCUUGUCGUCGCCGCUUGCUCAGUCCGUGACGCAGCGUCAGGCGUCCGUGGUGCUGUCCACGCCGUCCUCGCCGUGCGCGUCGCCGUUCCUGUCCCCGAUGUCGCCGCAGUCCCUCAGCGUCACCCCGCUCGUGCCGUGCUCGCCGCUGGCGACCAGGCAGCUGUCCAGGUCGUUCGCCGCCCGCGGGGACCUGUACCCUUGCAAGGUGUGCGGCGAGGUGCUGAGCAAGCCGCAGCAGCUGGAGCUCCACCAGGCGAUGAAGCACUCCCUCUCGGAGCUCACCCACCUGGACUCCAGCAUGAACAUCAUCCGCAUGAUCUUCCUCGCCGGGUGGGGGCUGUCCCCGCCAGGCGCCGGCUAUCCCCCGGCCGUCAGGCGCAUCCUCAGGAUCCACCACAACCCGCGCGCGCUCUCCCGCUUCGAGGAGUACCGGGACCUCGUCCGCUCCCGCGCCGCCCGCCGCUGCGCGGGCGCCAGCGGCGCGGUGGUGGAGGAGCGGUGCAUCGCGGACGGCAACGAGCGGCUGCGGUUCCACUGCGCCACCAUGCUCUGCUCCCUGGGCGCCGGCGUGUGCGGGAGCCCCUACUGCUGCACCUGCACCAUCCUCCGCCACGGGUUCGCGGGGAAGCAGGCGGACGUGGACGGCAUUGCCACCUACUCCUCCGGGUGGGCCGCGCACGCGUCGCUGCCCGACGAGGUGGAGCGCGAGUUCGCGUUCCUGCAGGUGCGCCGCGCCAUGCUGGUGUGCCGCGUCGUGGCGGGACGCGUCGUUCGCGGCGUCGACGGGGACGGCGACAAGGUGGGCUACGACUCCAUGGUGCCCGUGCCGCCGGGCGGCGGCGGACGAGGGGGAGAGGACGACGGCGAGCUGCUGGUGUUCAACCCCCGGGCCGUGCUCCCGUGCUUCGUCAUCAUGUACGGCAGCUAGCCGUACGUGGCAUGUGCAUGGAGCACUAGUGUGUAUAGCCGUUUCCCGCUUUUGCUUGUCCCGUCAUCUUCUUCGUUAGGUAGGUGGGUGUGCGCCAGUUAGUCCGUCACUCGAUCACCGCCGGCGAUCGUGAACAGGAGGCCGACCUCAGGUUUUGGCUGCAUGGCAUGGCAGUGGCACUGCACAUUGGCUGCCCCCCGCUCUGUCGCUGGAUCCGAUCGACCACUUGGUACACCAUGAUGUCGCGUCGAGUCUGCCAUUCGCCCCGCCAUAUGCUCAUACGCGAUAAGUUAUGUAGUGUGUGUGGUUGGCAUGCUUUUGUUGCUCCUACUGUUUUCUUCGGUCAUGUGUCAGGUGUCAACUGAACUCCCAGUGGUAGUACAUGUUUUUUUCCUUUGUCA